AUGGAAUCUGAUGAUAGGGAAAAAAAGGAGGCAAUAAAAGUUUUUAUGAGAAAAGAUAAAAAAAAGGCAAAAAAUUUUUGGCCAAGUAAGCAAACAGUUGUGGAGGUUUCACUCCGCCUACAUCUUUUAGUGCUCCCUGAUUUCUCAACUGAUUCUGCACUGGACUACGUGGGACACUCACUUGAGAUGGAGGAAAUUAGAGAGAAGAGCAAAGUAACUGAAAAGAGAAAUAAAAAGGCGAAAUCACUCAGUUGCAUUUCGAAUUUGAUCAAUUCAACGACUACCAAGAGAUCUGUUACACAAUUGGAUGAAACAAGAAGUUACCACAUACAUCACAGAUCAAGUAAAUAUUCACCAAGCAAUGGUAUGGAAAGUCAUGGAACGCAGAGACAAUGCCAAAACAUACAUGUAACAUCUUUAAUCAAAUUUACACCAAAAGCAAGAUUCUCAUCCAGUGUAUGCGUUUCGGUGAUAGCAAUAACUGCUGUUGUUGGAAAUCUGCCUGAAAUCUCAUUAAUGAAUUUACCUACUUUAGUGGAAUGA